AUGACAUCAACUGAACAGACACCUGACGCUAUAACCAUAAAUAACCACAUAACAAGUGGUAAUCAAAAUAACAACGGCACACAAAUAGCAAAUAUGGCGUCGUAUGACUCUGUAAUAGAAAGUGUAGAAAAACUCCUACCCGUUUUUACAGGAAAGCAGGAAGAAUUAAGUUCUUUCUUGCGACGAUUGAAUUUGUAUAGCAAGAAGAUUAGAGACGAAGACAAACAGGAGUUCCUAGAGCACAUCGUAGAUUGCAAACUCAAUCACAAUGUGAAGAUAAGAGUUUCGCCAGUAGGUUUUCCAACUUCAAUGGAAACAUUGGUAGAGAAACUCAAGUCAAUAUACAUACCGAAAGACACAGUUCCAAUUCUCUUACAAAAAAUAAGUGAAAUUAGGCAAGGCCACAACCAGUCGAUCACGGAAUAUAGUGAUAAAAUGGCCAAACUAUUGUCAGACCUGAAUACAGCGUCUCUAUUAAAGAGAAAUUAUAGUGCAACCUCACCACAAGCUGAAGGGAUGCUAGCAACUAACGAAGAGAAUGCAUUACUGGCAUACAAAAAAGGCCUCAAUGCAACAUAUUCGCAAGCUGUACAGAUGUCACAGCCCAAAACUUUCCAGGAAGCGAGAGAAAUCGCUGAAAGUUUACUUUUCACUGAACAGAACCAAAGAAUGCUAUACUACCGUGGUAACACGCCAAAUGGCAAUAGACCAAAUGGCAAUAGACUUAGUGGCAACUGGUCCAAUAACAAUAACAAUAAUAAUAAUAACAAUCGAAAUAACCGGUACCAUAACGGAAAUAACUGA